UUUGUGCAUUUCCUCCCUCUAGAAAACCCUUUCCUUUUCCCCUGCUCUGUUUCACUCUUUUGCUUCUCAGAAAAAAAAACUUCCAACUCCCAAAAUGGAUUUUCCAUCAAAACAAGCCCUUUUCUUUUGCUCUGCUCUGCUUUUCUUCACAAUCCUUGCCUCCUUCCCCUCUGUAAUCACAGCUGCGGAUUACACAGCCUUGGUCUACAAGGGUUGUGCUAAUCAAAAAUUCCAAGACUCAAAUGGGAUUUACACCCAAAACCUCAAAUCUCUAUUCAACUCUCUAGUAUCUUCAGCCCAGCAGCAAAAGACCUUCUUCACCACCACCUCCGGUGACUCCACAAAUGCAAUCAUGGGUCUCUAUCAGUGCAGAGGAGACCUCUCCACAGCUGAUUGCGCCACCUGUGUCACAAAGCUUCCAUCUUUAGCCCAAAAAUACUGUGAAAAAGCCAUAGCAGCUAGAGUCCAGCUCAGUGGGUGCUACUUGCGCUAUGAACUUUCUGGGUUUAAGCAGGUUUCAGGGACACAGCUGCUGUACAAGAUUUGCGGGUCGAGUCGGUCUAGUGGGUCUGCUGAGUUUGAAAAGAAAAGGGACUCUGCUUUUGACAAAUUGGAAGGUGGGAUCAAGAAUGGUAGUGUGUUGUUCUAUACUGGGAGCUAUGAGUUGGUUUAUGUUUUGGGCCAGUGUGAGGGUGAUUUGAGCAACAGUGAUUGUGGGGAUUGUGUCAAAAGUGCUACUGAACAAGCCGAUUCAGAGUGUGGUGAUUCAGUUUCUGGGCAGAUUUAUCUGCACAAGUGCUACAUCAGCUACAGCUACUAUGCUAAUGGCCUCCCAACCUUAACUUCUUCAUCAGGGACUGUAGGGUCUAACCAUCACACAACACAGAAGACAGUAGCCAUUGUUGUGGGAGGUGUAGCAGCUGUGGGGUUUGUAUUUGUAUGCUUGAUGUUUAUCAAGUCUCUGUUAAAGAAGAAGCGUGGUGCCAAACAUGGAGACUACUACUGAUUUGGUUGCUGUCAAUGAAGAUAUUUUUGUUUAGUAUAUUAUAGGGGAAAAGCUUGAGGGUUCAGUGAAGGUUAUCAAGGGAUUGAAAUGGGUUUUGAGUUUAGGGAUCAGCAAACACUAACUUUCUGUGGAAUUUGUUUAUUGAAUCAUGUUUGGCAGAUAUGGAUCUUAUGGAUUUUCAAAUUGUUUUCUUUCCCCUGCUGACAUACCUUUAGCUUUUGAUUUCAUUCUCCUUUUUGCAUGAAUGCUCAGUUGCUUUGCUUCAAUGAUUGUGAAAAAAAAAAAAAAAAGUUGGUAAAGGAGCUUGUUUCUUCA